UUCAAAAUUCCCCUCCAUUUUACUGUGAUCGCACCUUUAUGCACGCAGUGUGUUCAUUGUGUCAAAACCUUAUAAAAAAAAGAAUUUGGCGUAUUGUCAGCCAUUUUGAUUUUCUUUAGCAGGCGCAGCUCGGAACCUGCACCAUGAGUUCGUUAAAAUUACAAAAGAGGCUUGCAGCCUCUGUUAUGCGAUGCGGUAAGAAGAAAGUUUGGUUGGAUCCUAAUGAAAUAAAUGAAAUUGCCAACACUAAUUCACGUCAAAAUAUUCGUAAGCUCAUUAAAGAUGGUUUGAUCAUCAAGAAACCAGUUGCUGUACACUCACGUGCUCGUGUACGCAAAAAUACCGAAGCUAGACGAAAAGGAAGACAUUGCGGUUUUGGUAAAAGGAAAGGUACCGCCAAUGCUCGAACACCACAAAAGGAUUUAUGGGUACAACGUAUGCGUGUACUUCGACGUCUUUUGAAAAAAUAUCGUGAGACAAAGAAAAUUGAUCGACAUUUGUAUCACUCCCUUUAUAUGAAAGCUAAGGGUAAUGUUUUUAAAAACAAGAGAGUUCUUAUGGAAUUUAUUCACAAGAAAAAAGCUGAGAAAAUGAGAGCAGAUAUGCUUUCUGAUCAAGCUGAAGCACGUCGCUCUAAAGUUAAAGAAGCCCGCAAACGCAGAGCAGAGAGAAUUGCUACCAAGAAACAAGAACUCUUACAAUCCUAUCAACGUGAGGAUGAAGCUGCUGCAGCGCAGAAGAAGUAAUUCUAAAUGUGUAAUUUUUAUUAUAUAAAUAAAAUAUAUAAAUCACAA